AUGUGUGAUGAGGAGAUUGUUACAGUUACCCUUAUUGAUUUUAAUAUGACAAUAAAUCAGCGCGAUGAAGAUGUUCCGAUGAAUCAACGAGGGAAUGAACAAUUGUUGAUGACUUGGUUGAAGAAUAAAUUAACUUUAAGAAAAAUUAAGAGUUUUUCUCUGAAUAAUGGCCUCAGAAAGCCUAUUCAAAUUAUUGAAUACAAAACAUGGAAUGUGAAUGAUAUGGAUGUUUCCUGUGAUUUGAAAAUAUCGUACCGAUUAGAUUGUAUAUUGGCUUGUACAGAGAGAUUGAUUUAUGUUUUGGAUCGGAAAACAAAGCAAUUAAUUAAUAGAGUAGAAUUAGAAUUUGAAUAUAUGAAUUCAGUUGUGAAUGAUCGAGAGGAUGCGUUCUUCUUGAUGGUUUGGAUAGAUGAGGAAGAUGCUAAGGGAAUGUUGAUGAAGUUUAAUUUGCACUCAUUGUUAAUGGGAGGUAAAUUAUCUAAUUCAUUAUGGAAAACAGAAUUAGAUUGUGCAACGUAUGGAAUGGCCACAUGUGAUUUGAAUGGAGAACUGGUCUUGCUGACCUCCAAGAAAAUUGAUGUUGAAACACUGAGACAGAUCAGAUGUAGAGAUGGUCAAAUAGUGAAAGUUGAAACUCCCCUAAUACUUCGAAACAGUUCUGCUUUUGAGGUUACUUCCAAAAAUCAAUUCAUUUGCUGUCAUUGUUCCAAUAAGUUGGAGGUUUUUCAACAGAGCGAGAAACAGGAAUGGACUUCUUUACACUAUAUGACUCUUUCGGAUUAUGUUGGAAAUUACACCUCUUAUAACAUGUUUGCAAUGAUUUAUGAGAGAAAUUCAGGGAAUAUAUUUGCUACAAUACCAUUUGGAACAUAA